AUGAACAAACCACAACACCCGCAACCCUCCCGCCGCCUCCUCAUCUUCCAGGAGACGCGCAACCCACACAACACCGCAGAAGUCCUCUACCUCCCCGUCAACAAACUCGGUCUGCCCAUUUGCGGCGAUGGCCCAGACCUACCAUCGAUUCUGGAACUGCCUUUACGCAUUUUGAAGGUUUUCACUGAUAUUUUCAAUCAGCCAAAGUACAAGGGGUGGGCUGUCCUUUCUGCGGGUCGUUAUCAUGAUACUUCCGAGGAAGGAAAGUUCUAUGCGGUUAUUUUGGAACAGAGUGUUGUCCCGGGGCAGCAGGGAUCCGGGCAGGGGACGAUGGAUUUGGGGACUGUGACGCCUUGA